AUGUCGAGUGAUUCUAUGCACUCACGACCGCGGCGCGGCCGCACUCCAACUGACCCUACUCAGUUUCCUCAAAGGUUCUUCUUGAAGGUGAAGAAUGACAUUCUCUCCGUAAAUGGGCCAGGUUUCCUGUCAUACACCAACAUCGAGCCUGAGAUUGGCAGUCAGGUCGCAAUCAGUCUUGAUUGCGAUAAGGAGAUCGAAGAGAGGUCUGUUUAUAUUAACUUCAACUCCGUUAGCAAGGAGUUCCAUGUCACGAUGCCAACUGGGUUGCAUAUGUCCGUGCUGCCUUGGUUGAAAAAUGAGUUCGCUCUAGCUGGCCAGUCGGGGUUUUUCAGUGUCCGCGAGAAUUCCUCCCUUCCUAUGAGUUCAGGUACCAGGUUUGAUUCCUUCGCCCCUCCCUACGCGAUGUCAUUUAAAGAACCGGACGCCUACAUACAGCCAAAGCGCUUGCCUUUGCCCACAGUUGUGUUCGAAGUCGGUUACUCCGAAUCAUACCCUCGACUCUUAAGAGACAAGGAUCUCUGGGUUAAUGUAGUCAUCCUCAUCAAAUGGUCCUUGUUAGCUCAAUCUCGAAUAAAGGGCCGUGUCGAAGCCUGGAGGAAGAAUCAGCCAGCGCCACUUACCUUUGUAAGGGGCUUUCCCCUCCAAUUCUUGUAG